AACCAGUAGGCGGCGACUCCGCAGGUAUUUGGCAGUUGAACGCUUUCUGUCAAAAAAUAAACGAGGAAGAGAAAGAGCCAAUCAGAUGGCGAGCAGAGUGGACUUGUCCAGGCGUGUUCUUACUGUACACGUGCUGCUCUGCUGGAGAAGAAAUGACUGCAAGGCAGGUUUCAUUGGUUGAUGAUGGCACAGCCAUCAAAAAGGAAUAAAGCCACCUUGUGGGGGCUUCUCAGCAACUACCAGUAUUUGUGCAAAUAGUGCAAAUCGCCCCAUGGAUAACGCAAGAGCCAGGAAGAAACACCAGCAGAAGAUAAUAAUCGGCAACAUGAAGAGGAAAAGAAUGGACAACCACAGCGAACUACUGGAUUCAAAUAAAGUGGUCAAAAAAGCUAAAUCGAGCAACAAAAACCAGGAAAGUCAAAGCACUCUGAACUCUGAAAACAAGAGCACUGAUGUAUCUAAACCUGGACUCUCUGUGUCUGAGCCUAAAGCUUCUGACCACCACAGUUUAGUCACAGCCCUCAGCAACAGCUGGGAGGUGGACAGUGGUUUCGCCUCGGAGGCCAGUCCUCCGGCCAGUGGUCGGAGUUCACCAUGCCUCAGCUCGUGCCCGACCACAGUGGUGGCGUUGGACUGUGAGAUGGUGGGGACGGGGCCUGGCGGGCGCUGCAGUGAGCUGGCACGCUGCAGCAUCCUGGACUAUCAUGGCAACAUAUUGUAUGAUAAAUAUGUCCGACCGUGUCAGCCCGUCACAGACUACAGGACUCGCUGGAGUGGUAUCAGGAGGCAUCACCUGCACAAUGCCACCCCCUUCACUCAGGCUAGGGAGGAGAUCUUCAGUAUACUUGAGGGCAAAGUGGUCGUUGGCCACGCCAUCUACAACGACUUUGAGGCGUUGGACAUGCUCCAUCCAGGUCACAUGGUCAGGGACACCUGUACGACACGUCUCCUCAGCCGGUUGGCUGGUUUCCCCCGCGAACGCUGUCCCUCCCUCAAAAUCUUGGCCAAUAAGCUGCUGAACAGGAGGAUACAGGUGGGGAGGAGGGGUCACUGUUCGCUGGAGGACGCUCAGGCCGCUCUCGACCUCUACAAGCUGGUGGAGGGCGAGUGGGAGCAGGAGCUGCAGAACAAGCUGAGGGGGGACGACGCCCCACACGAGCCAAGCUUCGCCUCCUCAAACCACUACAUGCAGGACGAGUACUGGCCAGAUGAUGUCAUAGCUGACAGCCAAUGAGAGGAGAGUGUUCAUUACAUGUGUGGGAAAUACCUCAACAGAUCCCUAUUACAUGGUGAUGUACAGUACACAGUCGGAGCAGGUUCAGAUAACUAAAUAAUGUGAAUGAAAAACAUCUUGACAGUAUAGCAAGUAUGGGUGAAAAGUAAUUAGAGAAGUAAAUCCAAAAUGGGUCAGUUUGGGGGGUAAUGUGACAAGAUUAUCUGCAUUGUCUCAUAUAAGAAGAUGUACUGUAUCACUUUGGGGAAAAUAACUAUUGAAUGGAAACACUAAUUUAUUACUUUUAAACAUGUUAAACAUGUUUGGAGUUCCUAACAGCAUAUUUGUUGCUGUGAUACCAGAUAUUUGCCAGCAGUUGUUAGUUGUCAAGUUGGUUGUCACAGACUUGAUUAUGUUUAUAGUGUGAUAAGUGUUGGUGUUCUUAAAAGUUUGGGGUUAUUAACUUAUGAUAUGCAGAGUUUGGAGUUCUCUUAACAGUAUCUGAUCUUACUUGAAAGGUAAAGGUUUAACUUUUAAUAGGACAUGAGACUUAUGUUAGGCCACAGACACAGCUAUUGUGGAAAACACAACUGUAUUUUUCAGAUGUUAGUUUUUUCAAAUGUCUGUUCACAUGAGAACAUGAAAAAUACUCAAGUGGCUGCUUUGAGCAUGCUCAAAAGUGGCAGCUUUUAAAAUGUUUUUCACUCUCUAUAAGGCAAAAGAGAAACACAUUUUUAAGAACUAAACCUGGGGCAACAAGUUUAAACUGUCGCAGUUUCAUGUUUAAACUGUUGCAGUUACCUCCAUGUAUAUGUGGCCUUAAGUGUUUUAUAUUGGAACAAUCGUGUUGUGGUAUCUCAUUACUUCUCAUUGUAAGCUGCUCUUUAAUGUCCCAAUGAAAUGGCAUCAUGUUAAAAUGAAACACUUUCACUUUGAGUGAAUGUGACAACACCAUGAAAACACAAUGAGACAUAUUAAAAAUGUUUGUCUUUAUA